AUGAUUUUACCCUUUUUCCAUGACAAGGAUGAGGCUCAAGAGGAUGAAGAGGUGCCACCUGCUUCUGCUAGGCCAGAUGAAUAUGAGACCAAACUGGAGAAGGACCGAAGCAAGCGGUUUGACUACCUCUUGCAGCAGACAGAAAUCUUCACACAUUUCUUAUCAGGAAGUGGUAGAGACAAACCUCCAUCAUCUCCCUUAAAGGUCAGACCUGGUCGACCUAAGAAGGCAGAGAAGCGCAUAUCUGAUGUUGGAGAUCAUCGUCAUCGAAUGACAGAACAGGAAGAGGAUGAGGAGUUGUUGGCAGAUUCCUCACAAGCUGGACCCACAUUGACCCAAUUUGAUGCCUCCCCAUUUUUUGUAAAAGGAGGAGAAAUGAGAGAUUAUCAAGUUAGAGGUUUGAAUUGGAUGAUCUCCCUUUAUGAAAAUGGAAUCAAUGGCAUUCUUGCUGAUGAGAUGGGACUUGGGAAAACACUCCAAACCAUUUCUUUGCUUGGGUAUAUGAAACACUACCGUAACAUCCCUGGACCUCAUUUGGUUAUUGUGCCUAAAUCAACUUUGGCCAACUGGAUGUCAGAAUUCAAGCGAUGGUGCCCAACACUUCGUGCUGUCUGUCUCAUUGGGGAUCAGGAAACUCGGGCAAAUUUCAUCCGUGAGACUUUGAUGCCUGGAGAAUGGGAUGUAUGUGUUACAUCUUAUGAAAUGGCUAUUCGGGAGAAAUCUGUGUUCAAGAAGUUCAAUUGGAGGUACUUGGUUAUUGAUGAGGCACAUCGUAUCAAGAAUGAAAAGAGCAAGUUGAGUGAAAUUGUGAGGGAGUUCAAGACUGCCAAUCGGUUGCUUCUUACUGGAACUCCACUUCAAAAUAAUCUCCAUGAACUAUGGUCCCUGUUGAAUUUCCUGCUGCCAGAUGUCUUCAAUUCUGCUGAUGUCCUACGUCCUUUCGUUCUUCGGAGGUUGAAGUCUGAUGUGGAAAAAAGGUUGCCUCCAAAGAAGGAACUUAAAGUCUACGUGGGUCUCAGUGAAAUGCAGCGUGAAUGGUAUACCAAGGUGUUGAUGAAGGACAUCGACAUUGUGAAUGGAGCAGGGAAGGUGGACAAGAUGCGUCUACAGAACAUCCUGAUGCAGUUGAGAAAGUGUUGCAACCACCCAUAUCUCUUUGAUGGAGCUGAGCCUGGACCUCCAUUCACAACAGAUUAUCACUUGGUGGGGAGUUGUGGGAAAAUGGUCCUCCUCGACAAACUCUUACCCCGUCUCCAGGAACAAGGCUCUCGAGUCUUGGUCUUUUCUCAAAUGACUCGAAUGCUGGACAUUCUUGAGGACUAUUGUUUGUGGAGAGGCUAUAACUAUUGCCGUUUAGAUGGUCAAACAUCUCAUGAAGAAAGGCAAAAGCAGAUAGAUGCUUUCAAUGCCCCAAAAAGUGAGAAGUUCCUGUUUAUGCUGUCCACUCGUGCUGGUGGUCUUGGGAUCAAUCUGGCAACUGCUGAUGUUGUCAUUCUCUUUGACUCUGACUGGAACCCUCAAGUUGAUCUUCAAGCAAUGGAUCGUGCUCAUCGGAUUGGACAAGAGAAGCAAGUCAGAGUUUUCAGAUUCAUCACAGAUAACACUGUUGAAGAAAGAAUAGUGGAGCGAGCAGAAGUGAAGCUACGGUUGGAUCGGUUGGUCAUUCAGCAGGGUCGUCUAGUUGAUAACAAGACUAACUCUCUGAACAAGGACCAGAUGCUUAGCAUGAUCCGUCAUGGAGCUGACCACAUUUUUGCCUCCAAGGGCUCAGAGAUUACUGAUGAAAACAUUGAUGCCAUCCUGGAAAGAAGUGAAGUGAAGACUGAAGAAUUAAAUGCUAAAUUGGCCAAAUUAGGAGAAAGCUCCCUUAGGAAUCUGACACUGGAUGCUCCAGAAGGGAACUCAGUAUACCAGUUUGAAGGUGAGGAUUAUAGAGAAAAGCAGAAAUCUCUCUUGGGCCGAUGGAUUGAGCCACCAAAGAGAGAGCGAAAGGCCAAUUAUGCCGUGGAUGCUUAUUUCCGAGAGGCAUUGAGGGUGUCAGAACCCAAAGCUCCUCGAGCUCCUCGACCUCCUCGACAGCCACAAGUUCAGGAUUUUCAGUUCUUCCCUCCUCGCCUCUUUGAGCUCCUUGACAAGGAAAUACUUCACUAUCGCAAGACACUUGGUUACAAAGUCCCAAAAAACCCUGAUUUGGGGGCAGAUGCAGCUCGAGUGCAGAAAGAGGAGCAGACCAAGAUUGAUGAAGCAGAGCCACUUGCUGAAGAAGAAUCUGCAGAAAAGGAAGAACUGCUCCUGCAGGGGUUUACCAGCUGGUCAAAGCGAGAUUUUCAUCAGUUUGUUAAGGCCUGUGAAAGAUAUGGAAGGAAUGAUCUGGAGAGUAUAGCCAAAGAGGUUGAGGGAAAAACAAGAGAAGAAGUUGAGUCCUAUGCUAAAGUCUUCUGGGAAAGAUGCCAAGAACUGCAAGAUGUAGAAAGGAUCUUGGCUCAAAUUGAGAAGGGAGAGGCCAAGAUUCAGAGGAGAAUUUCCAUUAAGAAGGCUCUGGAUGCAAAGAUGUCCCGGUAUCGAGCUCCUUUCCACCAAUUGAGGUUAGCAUAUGGCGCUAACAAGGGGAAGAAUUUCACAGAGGAGGAGGAUCGCUUCCUUAUUUGCAUGCUUCACAAGCUUGGGUUUGACAAGGAAAACGUUUAUGAGGAACUUCGGUGUGCCAUCAGAGGUGCUCCUCAGUUUCGCUUUGACUGGUUCAUCAAGUCAAGAACAGCUUUGGAACUGCAGCGGCGGUGUAAUACACUCAUCACAUUGAUUGAAAGGGAGAAUCAAGAACUGGAAGAGAGAGAGCGUGCUGAGAAGAAACGAAAGAGUGGAAAACAAGGAGCCAAAGCAGGAGAGAAAGAGAAAGGUGAGAGUGGGAAAAGGAAAGCAGAUUCAGCUCCAGUAAAUGCAGCCAGCUCUGGGGAGGGUCGUGGAAGGAAGAAGAAGAAAGUGUGAAUAUAAGUGAAACUGUGGAUACAAAGAACCUCAUUCAAUUGCAUUCAUUCCUCUUUUUGUGUUCUUAAUGUUCAUGUGGAAUUCUUUGGAAUGAACAUGAGAAAUGGGAUAA